AUGCGAACUCGAUCGAGUCGGUCAACUGAAGACUUGGUCGAGCUAGACAUUACAACGGGUAGAAAGAGGGUUCAGAGGUCACAGAGGGUACAAGAGGAACCUGAGGUGCUUGUUGCUGAUACAAUGGAUGUACCAGAGGGGAAUGGAAACCCUUUGGGCAAUGGACUCGGUCGAGCUAGGCAAACUCGACCGAUUGGUCAAGGAGAUGCUCCAAACCGCCACCAACAGAGACAAGGGAUUGUUCCACCACCAGUGCAGAACCACAACUUUGAGAUCAAGCUGGGAAUGAUCAACCUUGUCCAGAACAAGAUGUUCCAUGGAUUGCCAAGUGAAGACCCCAUUGACCACCUUGAUGAGUUUGAUAGGCUUUGUGAUUUGACAAAGAUCAAUGGUGUCUCUGAAGAUGCCAUCAAGCUGAGACUCUUUCCUAUGUCUCUAGCUGACAAAGCUCACCAAUGGGAGAAGAGCUUGCCCCAUGGCACAAUCACCACUUGGGAUGAAUGCAAGAAGGCCUUUCUUGCUAAGUUUUUCUCCACCGGUCGCACAGCCAAGCUUAGAGGAGAGAUAUCCAGCUUCAUCCAGCGAAACAAUGAGACAUUCGCAGAGGCUUGGGAGAGGUAUAGGGAGAUGCUAGACACAGCUAGCAAUGGGAACUUCCUCAACCAGGAUGUAGAUGAUGGCUGGCAACUUGUGGAGAACAUAGCUAACUCAAAUGGAAGCUAUGGAGAAGAGUAUGAUCGCACCAACCGGAGCUCGACCCACCACUCGAUCGAGUCAGACGAAAAGUUGAGAAAAGAUGUUAAGGCAUUGAAUGAGAAGUUGGAUAAGCUGAUCCUAGCUCAGUCCACAAUGAAGAAAGUCAACUUUGUGUCUGCUGAGGAGAUGGAACCAGUCCAAGAAGGGGAGGAUACACAAUUUGCUGAGGUGUGCUACAUGAGCAAUGGGCAAGGAGGUUACAACAAAGGAUACUAUAACUACAAGUCCAACCCUGCCAUGUCAUACCGCAACACUGAUGUUGCUAACCCUCAGGACCAAGUAUAUCCUCAACAACAAGCAGCUCGAUCGAGUCAGGUGCCACAACAUGGGUAUGGUCAAAAGAACAAUUACCAAGGACCACAAGGCACUUUCCCUGGACAACAAAUGAAUAUCCCACCAGGCUUCCCCCACCAACCGCCCCAGCCUGCACCUUCACAAGAGAAUGAGCUCAAAGCAAUGCUAAAGCAACUACUUCAAGGGCAAGCUGAUGGGGUAGUGGACACAAGCAAGAAGCUAGCUGAAAUAAACUCUAAGAUCGAGAACCUCAACACAAGGGUUUACUCUCUGGAGAAUCAUGCUUCUUCUGUUGCUGCUGCUACAAAGCAAGGACAACUACCUGGUAAAGCUAUUCAGAACCCCAAGGAACAGUGCAAGGUCAUCUUCACUCAAGAAGGACUUGUUGAAGAAGAGGAUCAAGAAAGGGUCAUUGAAGAUUUUUGUUUACUGCUGAAUGAUGAAGAGAUUGUUGCUGCUGAGGCUCCUGGAGUCCAGAUUGAUCAACCAGAAGUGCAUGCACCUACUGUGGCCAUUCACACUUCACCAGUUGAGCUCGCACGACAAGCUCGAUCGGCAGCUCGAUCGAGUCCAACUCUAGCUCGAUCGAGUCCGACCUCUUCUGUCCGACAGCCUGUUUUGCUUGAUCCUUAUCAACCGGUUGCCGCUUCCUCGUCUCGCCUACUUAGUCAAGGAUGUUCUGCCAACAGUGAUAAAGUUUCAGAGGUCCUACAAGAGUCUACUCAUCAGUUCAACCUGCUUACUUCACCCACCUUCCUACCAAAGGUCAAGGAUCAAGGGAAAUUCACUCUCCCUUGCACACUUGGGCAUCUUGAGAUUGACAAUGCCUUAGUGGAUUCUGGAGCAAGCAUCAAUCUGAUCUCUCUCUCCAUGGCAGAGAAGCUAGGCAUAGCUGGAGCCUUGCAGCGCCCUACUACUUCAAUCAUGUUUGGAGAUGCAACUUCUAAGUCUCCUCUUGGAGUGUUCAAGAACUAUCACUUGAAAAUUGGAGAAUGCAUCAUCCAAACUGAUCUCACUGUGAUGGAAAUGGAAGAAGAGAAGGAUUUGCCUUUGCUAUUGGGAACCCCUUUCCUUAGUACAGUUGGCGCUUCAAUAGACUUUCACAAGCAAGAAGUGAUCCUUCACAAGGUGAAUAGUUUGGUGUCAUAUCGCUUGCAGCCUAGAGGUUCAGACUUUUGUGCCACAAUUGACAGUACCAAUCUCAGUUCUAAGAGUCAUGGAGCUACAAAGGUUGUGAAGGAAAGGGACCGUGAAAAGCCAUAUCCGAGAGGGAGCAAUCACGCACUAGCUCCUGAAAAUCUUUCAGACCUGUAG